CUCACGCCAUUGAUUCAACAAUUGUCUACUUAAGUUCCUGAAAUGCACUGCGAUGAGAGCAAGCCGUGAUCAUCACUUCCACAUCACACAGCGUUCUCUCUGCCACUCGCUUCUGCCCACGUCACGUUUCAAAAAGGAUAGCUCAGCCCCUAGAUGUGCUCUGAACUAUGUGGAAAUUGCUUCCUCGUAUACUGCGGAAAGCCGUUAACGCCCACGCGAAGAUGACGCGCAAUCACUUAUACCAAGCUUUACCGUUCAAGAUUCGCGAAGCACCGAACAAACCUUAAAAAAAAACUUUCUCCAGAACGCUGAGCGAGUAUAAGUUGUCGUUGAGAAGAAGAAAUAACGCUGUUUUUUCAACACGCUCAGAUCAUGUGCUAGUGUGAGGAUUGUCUUAGCGAGUGUGGCGUCACACUCCCUUCCCCCUCCCCUUUCCUGCCCCUCAGGUACUCGAAAGGAAACCUGGGUCGCACCCCUGAAGUUCAUCACGUUAAGUCAUUUCCGAUCAGGAAGCGAUAUUCCCGUUUCCCUUCCAAACAUGUCAAUAUUAGUUGAAUGCUCACAUGAUGACGGGCCUUCUCCGGGUCUGCGAUGACUUUCCCUAUCAGGCUAGGCCUUAGAUCAUUCAUCUGAUCUGACAACAAACGGGGAUGACGGGGAUGGAUAAUGAUUAAGGCCCUCUGCAAGCGGGAUCGCUCCUGGAGGAGAUUCAAGAGGGCAAUGGUUGCAAAAAAGCACAUCUUUGUUCGUGGACAGUGCGUAGGAAAAGAGACCGUUCAAAAUUCGAGUACAAUGCCCCACAGUAAGCUGACAUACUUUCGUUGCGGUCAGAACCUUUGUUUCCUGUUGAUGCGAGAAAGAAACAUGAUCGUCUGGUCUGUCGUGGAAAGAUCACGCCAUCGUCCCGAGAACAGCAGAGAAAUGAAAGUACAUGAUGACUGUCUCACGGCCUCGAGGCCCGGAGCCUCGUCUCGUGAAUACGACAUACGGUAGGCAUGACGAGCAGUCUCAUCAGCUUACAGCAUCUGCAUAAGGCCCCCAUAAUCUCCGCCGAGCUCGAAAUAACACUGUGAGCGUCGUUCACCUAGAUUAAACAGAAAGGUGCAAUGAUGCUUCGUUCGGCCCGUGUCAUGCGCGUGCUUCUAGGGCCUUGCCAACGUCGACGUCAGCAUCUUUUGCUCUAGCCGCUAUGCAUGGUUAUGGCGCGUUGGUCGAUCUCAUCUGGACUACGGAAGAACGUGUGAGGCGAUGUGAGACAAUGCCGGCACGACGUCCUCGGUCGAAACGUGCGAGACAUGAGAUUCUUUGGUGUUCCGAGACUCUUGUCUCACCCACGGGACGGGAUGACCUCAAAGCACCUGAAGACACCUUAAGCUUAGAGCCUCACUUGUUGUUGAUCUUAGUUUCCGAGCCCUCGUAAAGAGCGGACUGCGGUGUUUAGGAUCUGUACAUGUCCUCUUCAGGCAAUACCUAUCCCAACAGUCACAACGAAGAUGUGAACCACCUUUGCUGACAUAAGUCAGAGAGACGUUGAGACCAUGGCAUAUCGACCUUUAACCACUUGCAGAGCUGAGGUAGUCCACCCAGCAGAGACGGCAGGAACAUCUGUAGUCGCCAAUCUGGCCGCGAGACCUCACAAGACGAGGAGUACCGACAUGCGCUGUGCCGUCGCAAGUGUGCCUAGCAUAUUCAAAAUGCCGCCUCGCCGUCGCCCAAGCUAGUACCUACGUUGCGAACUCCCACAGAAACGCGAGAGGCUCCUCCCGCGAAUGCGAAGCUGGUUCCGCGAGGAUGACAAGGACGGGGAUCGUGCUCUUUUUGGCCGCACGCAAGCGACGCUUCAUGCGUGUCUGGCACCGCAGCACAAGAGCAGUGUCGACCUCCUUCCAUUUCUGGCGGUUGACCAAAGAUGCGAAAGGUGUUGGUGUCUUGUUCCUGCGUGGGAUUGGGGUUUUGAAUGGUCUCGCAUGACACGGUUGGAACUACGUUCCUUGCCAAGCAUCCCAUCUGCUUAGUUCGAUUGGAAAAUACAAGACCUUCAGCAGCAGCAGCAGCAGCAG